AUGUUCAGGAGCGCGAGAGCGCUAACCGGAUCAUUUUCAUCAAUCACAAAUUUUCCACUUCAACAGUUUUUUUCUAAAACUAGAAAGAUUUCGAUCUUGAAUGAAAUAAAAUCAACUGAAGAAUUUAGUAAUGAUUCAAAUAAAAUAAAAUUUCCAAAACACCAUAAACAAAAUAAAGAUAAUUCAUUACCAUUAAAAUUAAACAAUUUAGAUAAUAUAACAUUAAAUGAAAUUGAAAAAAGUAUCAAGGAUGCAUUUGAAUAUGCGAAAUGUUUCACUGAAAAAUUAGAUAUGUUAUCACUUUUAAAGAAGAACAAUGAAUUUGAAUUAAAUACUUUAUGUGCACGUAUAAAAGAUGAUUUAAAUAAUAUGAUAUUUGUUACAGAUUAUUCUGAACUGGAUAGUGAUGAUGAUAAUGAUUAUUUAAAUGUGGAACAAACAUCUGAUCUAGUAGAUAACCAUGUCGAUAGUGAAGAAGAAUAUAUAGAUGCAGAAAAUGCCUGUACAACUUCGAAAAAAGAUAAUUACAAUGGCAUACAAAUAUAUUCUGCUGUUUCUGAUCAAGAUAAAAAUAAAUUUUUCAAAAUAAAUAUUAAUGGAAUCGACAAAUUCAUACAUAAGCAAACAGCAGCUUGGUAUUUAACAAAAAAAAAUCAUUUAUCAUCUGAUAGACGAGUACGUGUUCAACAAACGAACAAACAAAAAAAUUAA